GGUGUGGGUGUGUGGCGAUGGGCUGGUCGGGUUGGCCUCUCGUGCAUCGGACCCCAAGAUGCCGCCGCAGAGCGAGAACGGCACGAGAGUCCGCACCUACUGGAACGGGUACAUACCGAGCUGGUACAAGCUCGUGCCCAAGCUGAGACAGUUCCAACUGCUGCUGCCCGCUCCAGACCUGCUCGUCAUCCACCUGCAGAUCAGGGAAAUGAACCCCAAGAGCACAGAGGAGCUGCUGGUCACCAUCCAGAGGAGUCUGGCGGCCAUACGAAACCUCUUCCCCCAGUGCCUGAUCGUGUGGUCGGACUUCCUGCACGAGCCCCGCACUUCCUGCAGCGAGGCAAAUGUUGACCAGGCGGUGGACGGGUUUUACGACGUGGUUAACGGCAGAGUGCACGCCAUGAUUGCUGACCUCGGGGGAGCAACUAUUGGCCACGGAAACAUUAGGCCUGAACACUAUAAUCUUAAACUCAAUCAUCGUAAUGGUAAACGUCUCGAAAGCAGUGGUGUGAAAAUAUUCAAAACCAACAUCAGAAAUUUCGUCUUUAAGUGGGAGUGGAAGGUUAGCCCCACAUCAGAAGGCGUCUCAUGUCCCACGACUAAGCAGCAGGUCAGAAAGAGCAAUGAGAGUCCUGUGAAGGAGAACCAGACACAUGGGAGCAGUGCACCCAUCACAGGCUUUGCUCCCUGUAAAUUUAAAACUGUCUGGAUUUGUGGUGGCUGUCUGGUAGCUGCAGUCUCUAAGAAGAUGCAGUUGCCUACGUAUGGCAGUGCACUGGGUCCGGAUAGGACCAGGGUGCGGAUGUAUUGGAGUCGAGAGCCGAUCCAGCUAUGGAAGAGAUUGGUCCACCAGCUUAGCGUCCACCUAGAGACCUGGCCCUCUCCAGACAUGCUCAUCAUCCACAUGAGAGACGACAUCAUCCCCGUAAAAGAGGACUUAGUGAAUGCGUUGAGCGUCAUCAAGAAGGACCUGACCUCCGUACACAACACCUUCCCCCAGUGCCGGAUCGUGUGGUCCGACAUCCUGCCAAAAUACUCCAAGAAGCAAGGCACCAAGCCCAUGGAGAUCCUGAGCACACGUCACGAUGCGAUCAAUGACGGAGCUCAUGCUAUUGUUGCUGAACUGGGGGGGAGGUUUGUCUCGCAUAAGAACAUUCGGAUCGAUCACUAUCGCCAUAAGGGUAACAGCCUCACCUGCGCUGGAGCGAACCUGUUCAAAACCAACAUCGAAGCUUUCCUGAAUGAGUGGGCGAUGGGAGUCACACCUGCACCAAACAAAAUACAAUUCUCCUUUAAGCAGGUCAAAGAGAGCAAUGAGAGUCCUGUGAAGGAGAACCAGACACAUGGGAGCAGUGCACCCAUCACCGGUACACACACACAUACACACACACACAGGAACAGUGGAUCCAUCACAGCACCUGCUACCAUCAUCCGUCCCCCCAAGACGGUGUGGAUGUGUGGGGACGCUCUGACCGAUCUGGCCCAAUGGCUGACAAGCGAGCCGCCACGCGGCGUGAAGACAAGUUCCAACAGCAUGAAGGUGUUCCAGGUGACCACCUGGAGUGCGCUGGUGGUCGAGAUGACCAGCGUAAAGCGCAAACACAAGUGGCGCCGCCCCGACCUCCUGCUGGUGCACCUGGGAGUGAACAACAACGUGACGAACCCGACGCACCUGCUCAACACCAUCAGGAAGGACCUGGCGCGCCUGCACGGCGACUACCCCCGCUGCCUGAUCGCCUGGUCCGACAUGCUGCCAGCCUGCGCGCCCAAAGCUUUGGGCGCGAGGCCCUCGUCAUCAGCGGGCAGAAUCAACGACGCCAUCAAUCGUGGGGCGCAUGCGAUAGUAGCGGAGCUGGGGGGAAGGGUCCUCUCCCACGAGAACAUCGGGCCGGAACUCUCCAGCCCGGACGGCAGCGCCCUGUCGGCUCAAGGCAUCGAGCGCCUGAAGCUGAACCUCCGGCAGUUUCUGCAGGAGUGGGAGAGGGAGGGUGAAGAACAGAAACCUGCUAAUUAAUUCCACAACUGACCACCCCUCAAAACACACACACACACACACACACACACACACACACACACACACACACACACACACACACACUACUCUACACUAGUCCACCUGGUGUACUUCAAGGACGGACAAACACACACCCACACACACACACACACACACUGAGCUGAUUUCCCCACCUGUGGUGUCUAUGUAAUGACACAUCAAGUUGAUGUUGAUGAUACAGUAAUGCCUGUUCAAAGGUGUACACACACACACACAAUACAGUAUUGCCUGUUUAAAGGUGUACACACACACACAAUACAGUAUUGCCUGUUCAAAGGUGCCUAAGGCUGCAGCACUGGUAACCGUGUGGAUACUUCAGUGUAUGUUCAGACCUCAGCACCAGCUAUUCAAGCUUUCUGAUUUAUUUUUCUUUUGUAUAUAUAAAAUUAUAUAAAGGUUCUGUGUUUACGUUUUUCCUUUGUAUAUAUAAAAUUCUAUAAAGGUUCUGUGUUUACGCUUUUCCUCUUACCUUGAGUUGAUUGUCUUAUUUUUGUAGUCAACAAAUUGUGUUGUGUACAUAAUGCCUUCAAU